GAGGUGUGUACUGUAUAGGAUCCUGUGUAGGAAAGUGGCGGUAGAAGAAGUGGACCCGUCAGGCCACCGCAGCACGAGGAGCAAGAAGACGACUCCAUUUGAGUAAUGUCCUGACUGUUCGGCUGGGGAAGGGGGUCCAGCAAACCCCCGACAGAUGAAGCAGAGACGCCUGAAGGAGAAGUGGGAUAUUCGGAUACAUCUUUCGGAGAGAAGCCCAAGGACAAAUGGAGUAACUUCGACCGGACUGGGCUUGAACGAGCUGCAAAAGCUGCGAGGGAACUUGACAGAUCACGAAUAUGAAGCGGCUUUGGAGCAGCUGAAGGGGGAACCAAUUCGUCUCCAGGCAGAGGAAAGGCGGAAAACACUUACAGAGGAAACCAAGCAAAAUCAAGCGGUAUGGGAGUGAUUGAGAGCUGCUGCCAAAGAGUCCUUAACUACAUUCCACUGACUUAAUUCACCAGCCAAGUGUCUAUCUAGUGUUAAGCUAAGGUACAGUAUCAAGACAAACUUGCCAGACAGAGAUAUGAUGAUCAACUCAGGCAACAGGUAAGCUCUCUGUUCUCUGAUUUCUGUUGAAUCUCAGCCCAGCUAUGGAGAAACACAAAAAGAGACUGGAGUGGGACCCAUGCUGAUGGAAAAAGGCCAAGAAUGAGAAAUAUGGCUAAGUCAUAUGUUCACCGUGUGUUUUGUAUUUGCAGCAAGCCCUCAAUGAGGAGAACUUGCGCAAGCAAGAGGAAUCAGUCACAAAGCAGUAGGCUAUGCGAAAAGGUUUCAGGAAAAUUCCCCAUGUCAUUGUGACACAUAGGAGGAGGUUUACUAAGCCUUUGAACCUGUUCUUCAUCAAGGAAAAUGAAACAAGUUGUUAAAGAAAAAACAUCUCAAAGUAAAUUAAGACUGUUUCAUGUUGUCUUUGUUUACUGUAUAUAUCUGUAGUUCUCGUCUGACAGAAACGGGUGCAAAUGCUUUGUAAAUCAGUCUCACAGUAUGUUUACAGUCAAAACACCUGUGAACUUACUUUAGUUCCCCUCCCUCCUAUCUAGCCACUAUUGAACAUGAAAUGGCAUGGCGACACGAGAACUAAUUGCUUCAUGUAGAGGCAGAGUCUGCAGCUCGUGCCCAGGUAGAGCGGGAGAACGCAGACCUCAUCCGUGAACAGAUCCGCCUUGAAGCAGCAGAACACAGACAGACGGUCCUGGAGUCUAUCAGGACUGCAGGAGCAGUGUUCGGGGAAGGGUUCCAUGCCUUUGUGUCCGACUGGGAUAAACUGACUGGCACUGUAAAAAUGUCCUGCUCUUUGUAGAUGAAGCAGAUCCAUUCCUACGUAAGAGAUCCACGGUGAGUCCAGUAACGGGAAGCACAUUCUGUUUUCAGGAGUCAACAUGUGGGCUGUUUUGAUCACAUGUCGAUGACUGUGUUGGACCUCGGAGCCACCCUUAACGCAUUCCUUUACCGCACUGGAGAGCAGAGCAACAAGUUGGUUUAUGCUAGUGUUGACAGAUUUGUUAUAAAGCCCGCCACCAUAGGGAGAAUGAGAAUGAAGUUGGCCGCGUUUGACUAUGGCCAGAAGUGUUCAGACAUUGCAAUUCGUGCAGCGGGCAUGUCGGUAAACUGGGUGUGGCCUGGCAGGCUGCUGCAUAUUCCUCAGAAGACUGCGUCUUCAAAAUGGACUGGCUUCACAUGGAAGGGAGUGCGGAAAGUGCGGGUAAGCACGAAGGGGGUGGUGUCAAAGGAGGUGGAAGCAGCGAGUGCAGUAGGAUUCACAGCGGUGCAGGAGGCUCUACCACAGGCCCUGGAUUCAGCCCCCACCAUCCAAGCGGUCCUCCCUGUCGUAGAGGCCAUCAUCUCCAGCACUCCGGCCGCAGCCACAGCUGAACCAGUGAAGGUUGAAGAGGCAGCUGCCAUUAUCGAGGAGCCAGUUACCCUAGUUAAGGAGGCAGAGGCUGCUAACCCCAUUGUCACUGAGACAGUUGCAGCUCCAGCCCUCAGAGGCAGAAGUGAAACUGAGACUGCUAUCCCAUUGGUGCAGGAGGUAGAGAUCAUCAAGAAUGUGCUAGAAGAGACUGCAGCAUAUGUUGUUCCAGAGACUGUAGCAGUGCCUGAGGUAAAGGAGGUCGAUGUGACAGCAGAGGUGUCUGCACCCAAGAAGAACCAGCUCCAACUACAACCACCCAAGAGUUGGAAGCCACAGGAGCAGUCAAGGAGUCAGAAGCCAUUACAGUAGAGUCAGAGACCAAGGAAGCAGAGGUCACAUCAAAUGUGGUUGCCCAGGAAUCUGAACCCACAGUCGUUGCCCAAGAGGCAGAGGCAAUAGCAACAGAUGUUGCCCCGGAGUCAGAAGCCCUUGUAGAGGCUGUUACUGAGGAGACAGUUGCUUGAGCCACAGCACCCACUGUUGCCAAGGAGAACAAGGCCACAGCAGUUCCCAUUGCCCAGGAGACUGAGGCCGCAGCAACCUACAUUGCCCAGGAGACUGAGGCUGCAGCAACCCCUGUUGUCGUGGAGAUGGAUACUGCAGCAACCCCUGUUGUCGCGGAAACAGAGGCCGCAGCAACUCCCAUUGCCCCGGAGACCUCUGAUUCCGAAACUAAGGCCGCAGCAACCCCCGCAGCAACCCCCGCUGCCCCGGAGACUGAGGCCGCAGCAACCCCCGCUGCCCCGGAGACUGAGGCCGCAGCAACCCAUGUAGCCAAGGAGACAGAGGCCACUACAACAAAGGUUGACACAGAAACUGCAGCUGAGGUCCCUGCAACUGUUGUGGCCAAGGAUUCUGAGGCGACUGAAACUGCAGCUGCCAAGAAGCAGUGGACCCUGAAACCUCUGGCACUCCGGAGGCAGAUGCUAGUAAAGUUGAAACGCCUCAAGCAAAGGACCAGGAAAGUGACGACGCAACCAAACCCAAAAAAAUAUUAAUAGGUGAAGCUACUGAAACACUUUGGUAGGGAGCAAGAUUAAAUAUGUUGAAGCAAAAAUAGUGUUUUGUCUUAAAAGGCUAUUGAUUAUUCUGUCUCAGUAGCUAGGUUUCCAUCCAAUUGGUGACAGAUUUUCAUGCAAAUAUUCAAAAAUCUGCAUGAAAAUAAUAUGUAAAUUUUCCCUCCAGAGGGAUGUUUCCAUCAAACUGACUUGUUGCGGAUAAAAGGCUACAUGAUGAUGUAGUGCAUAUAAAAACCACAACCACUUUUGCAAUUAAAGGGGGGCUGAACUUCCUGAUUCUGCCUCGUUUUCCGGCUUGGUCAUUAAGAAAUGCAGCGGCCAUGACUGAAGCCAAACAAGAGUUGUCUUGGUGGGGUGGUUUAAUGUGGGUGUCGUCUGUGUGUUUCCAUGAGGCAAGUGUUUGUACAUUGUCUGCCAAAACAGUACACAGUUAGUCACUCACCCUUCUAGAUAACUUGAAACGGCCUAACCAGGUCUUCUCUUGAGGCCGCCUAGGCUAGCUAGUGCUAGCUAACUUCUUUCGCCAAUUAGCUUCAGCUGGCUGGUGUGCGACCAUGGCAAAAUUGAUUUGAUGGUGGAUAGCCUAUAUCUGGGGCUAGUAAUGGACCGUUAAUAAAUUACACAAUGUAAAUGGGAGAAUAUUUUGAUGUUGCACACCUUUUAGUUCUCGUUAAAGGGAAACUUCACAAUUUCCAACUUCAUAUUCAUCAUAUUUGUUUCAUCACAGGAGACAGUUUUAUUACUCAUCACGGUAUUAUUUACCAAAAGAUUGGCUGGACCUCUUUGAAGUCAUGUAGAUCACAUCAUUAUGCUAUUUUUGUUUACAAAGCCCUGCUCCACAAACUUCCGACUUAACAUCACUGUUAAGAUUUUAAAUGACAAGUUAUCAAACUCGGACACAAGGUUUGUUAACUCUGGAGACUCCUUUGGUGUCUCCUGGUCAAUGGGAACUGCUGUGUGAUGACAUAGUGCACAUAAAAAUACCUUUUGCAGUUCAAUUUCUAUGUACCGAAUAAAAAGUACAUGUGUUAAA